CCGCACGUUUAAGUAAAUAACCAAGCUAGGUAAGACAUGGAAAGCUAUGUCUUUUUACUGGGUUUGUGUGUGAUACAAAGCGUAUUUAACCUACAAGAACCUGUUUUGAAAAGAGACGUAAUUAUCCAGAAAGACAUAAUCUCUAGUUUACCAAAUCAGUUUUCUAAAUUGAUUGGUGGAGGUACUCAAACUGGUGCUAAGUAUGAAGUAUUAGGUUGCAUUUUAGAGUUAGCUAAAGAUGGUUGUAAAUAUACAUUUCUUGCAAAAGAAUCAACAUGCAAAGAUAAACUAUCAGUUUCCAGACUUUUCGAAUACUUUUUUAAAACUGAAAAGCUUAAAACUCUUUCAAAAGAUAUGAUGCCAUUCAACAUCAUGGAUAUAGAGAGAUUUGUUGUUGACUGCGAUGGAGAAGUCGAUUUUGAAGCUACCGCAAAAGAAAGUUUUGAUAUUAUUAAAAGAAUGCUUCGGGUUGAUAAUGGUAAAGUUAAUUUUAAUUUUAAUUACAAAGAAAUAAACAGAUCAAUGUCAAUAAAAAAUUUUGCUAUUGAACUAACUGGUGAAAUAACGAUUGACGACAAAGUUGUACCUAUUGCUUUUACAAAGCCAAAAACAUCAACCGAUGCAAAGUUCUCUCUAAAAGUGAGCAGUAUAAAUAUUGCUAAUUUUGCUUCUGUGUUUUCUAAAAAGCCACUUUAUGAUGAUAAAACACCAGAACAAGCUAAGCUAUUUGCAAACACAAUAAUUAAUGAACCAAGCAUCAAUGGCAUUUUGAGUGUUGAUGAAAGUUUUGAAAUAAUACUUCGCGGAGUUGUUUCUGAAAUAGUGGAGUUAGGUGAGUUUGUGCUUUACCUUGUAGUUCACAAACCAACAGAUAGUGCACCUGCUGUUGCAAUAGUUGCAGAACUCAAUUCUCAACCAACUAAAAUACUUUCAACUUUGACUGGUAAGGAUUUGAGCAAUAUUCCCAUAAUCAGUAAUAUUUUAUUAAAUGUUGUAAUUGAGUUUGCAAGUAAAAACGUAACAGUAUUAAAGGAUGCUAAAAUUAACAGAAUUUUGGCAAAGUAUGCUAUAAAUGGUAAAAGGAUUUUGCAAGGAACCAAAAUAAAACUAGAACUUCCGUCAAAGUCUAUAAUUCAAAAUCUAGAAACAAGUUUAAAACAUUUACCAGAAACAAUAUAUUUUUUGUUGUACAUUUUUGAUAAUCAUAUUGCCUUUCGUUUUCUUCAAGAUGCUCCAAUUGAUUUAGCAAAUAUAAUGUCAACUUUCAUAAAAAAAGUUCCUGAGGUACUCUUUACUAAAAUAUAUAAAGUUUCUCCCAACAUUGAAGUAAUGCAGUUUGAUAUCAACAUUGAGACAAAAGCUAUUGAACUCAAGGCUGUUGCUAAAGAAGAUGUUAUUCUAGGUGAAGACUUGAUAUCACUUGAAAAACCAAAGUUUGAGAUCAAGACUAAAGUUGAUGGGUCAUGGUCUUUUGAAAUGACAGCCACUAAAAAAAUGGCAGAAAAAUCUAUGCUUGUAUCUUUACAAAAGAAAGGACCGCUUUUUGUUUUCAAUGGUAAAAUUGACACAUUUACUAUGAAGCAAGUUGCUGAAAAUUUUGGUGCUCAAGAAACUGCCAAAGAGAUCAUCUCACGUUUUCAGUUUUUAGACUUUGAUGUGAAAGAUGUAGAAGCAACAGCUGUGUUUAAUAGUGGAUUGCUUGAGUUACACAUUCGUGCCAACCCUGUAUUUUUUACUUAUGAUGACACGCAGUUUGAGGGAUAUAUUUUUGAUACUUCCGAAGGACGUAAAAUGGCAUUUACUUUGGUAAUUCAUAAAUUAUCAGUGAAUGAACUUAUUGAACAAAUAUUUGGAAAAAAAAUUAGUCAGGUUCAUUGGAUGAAUGAUUUGACUGCUAGUUUAACCAUUUCAAAUAUGGAAUCUACAAAAGACUUUAAUUUUACAAUAUUUCCCAGCCAACUUCGUAAAGGCAUAUUUUUAAGCACAGUUGUGACAAUACCUGAAGACUGCAAAGGUGAACAACUUUGUGAUAUUGCCAAGGAUAAAAUGAGUGUUGGUACAAAACUGUUUAUGGAUGGUCAAAUAACUACUGAUGGUCUUACAAUGAAAGGAAAAUAUAUGGGCUAUGGCUUACAUUUUGGGAAAAACUUUAUUUUAAAAGAUACUUUUUUGGUAAUAAAGAUUAAUAAAAGUUCUGCUGAGUUUUCAAUUGAUGGAAAGUUAACACUAUCAAAUCCUAAACUAGAUUUUGAAGGAAAAGUUUUUGUUGGUAAAACUGGAAAAGCUGAUCUUUCACUUACUAUGAAUUCACCUUGGAAAAAACCAUUUGGAAUGAAGUAUUUGACUUUUAAUAAUGUUGUGAUGACUAUGGGUGUACAGCCAGGUGUUCCCUUAACAAAGUUAGGUUUAACUGCUGAAUUGCUUCUUGGAAAAAUUGGCUCUGGUGAAGAGAUAAGUACACGUUCAAUCAUAAACUUUAAUCCAAUAAAUGUUUUAGAAACUUUUUUCUAUGGCGAGGUUUCCAGCAUUUCAUUACGUAAAAUUAUUAAAGCUUUUCAGUGGAAACUUGAGUUACCUAAAGUUUUGAAAGACACUCGUUUUCCCGAUGGACUGUUGAUUGGUUUUACACUAAAUCCUAAAGGUGUGAAAAUCUCUCACUUAAAGUCUGAGUUAAAGAUUGGCCUAACAUUAACUGGUGCCAUUGAAAUUUUUUCAAUAAGGUCAAGAUGUGAAGUUAUUAUAACAGAAAAGUUGAUUAAGAUUGUAGUGGAUAUGAUGCCUUUGAUUUUAUCAAAUGGUUUGUUAACCAUGAAAAGAAGUGAAAUUGAUAAAGAGAAUGGGCCACAGUUGUUUGUUAUGAUUUCCCCAGAAAGUAUAGAUGUUCAAAUUCAAUCAUAUGUAGAACUUCUUGGUAUAGGGAAAGAUGUUUUAAUUGAUAUCUCUGACAAUGGACUUAUGUUUAAUCUCCAUGGAUACAUGUUUAACUUAUUUGAAACAAACAUGACAGUUAUGGCCCCUUAUGGGCAUGGAGAUAUCAAAAAUGCAGUUUAUGUAAUAACAUCUUGUUUGUCAUCAAAUUUGAAUGAUAUAACAUUAGAAUCUGCUGAUACUAUAACAAAUGGAGGUGCAGAGACAGCACGAGCACUUAGGGAAAAUCAGGAAAACUUACAUGAAUCAACCUUGUGGUUUAAAAAAUCAAUCAUAAAAGUACACAAUUGGAAAACAAAGUUAAAAAAAAGACUCUCAGCAUUGCAAAUAAAAUCAGACAAUCUCGAUUUGAUAGAUAACUACUUGGCCGCAACGUGUAAUGCCAAAUGUGAUUCUGUUUGUAUUGGUGGUCCAUCUACUCUUCAGAAGUGCAAACAAAUUCUUAAAGUUUGGGUGACAUGUCCAAAGUGGAAUAAGUGCAAACGACUUGUCAAAGAUACUCUAUGUAUUGCUAAGUGUAAUGCAAAAAAGGUUUUGCUUGAAAAAAAUGCUUUAAAAAAACGAAAUAAAAUGGAGAUUUUGUUAGAUUCAAUUACAAGAAUAAAAAAAGCGCUAAGUUAUGCUGAGGAAUUAGUAGAUAAGUCUAAACAUCUGAUGAAAUCAACAAAAAGAGCUAGCAUGGAGAUAGAAAAAGCUGCAUCUGCAGGUAGACAAGCUAUGUAUGCCGUGGCUAAAUUUACUAAAAAACAUCUUAUACUAAUCCAUGACAUUUGUUUCAACACAACUCUAGAACAAGCUGAACAGGGAUGCUUUGACUUGAAUAUUGAUGUCAAAAUUGGAGAUGUGAAGCGUGUUAAAUUGGAAACUCCUGUGUGCAUGGAUGGAAAUUAUGUUAAAAAUAUUGCAAGGUCUAUUGCAGAGCAACUUUUUCCUGGACUCACCUCUAUAAAAGAAAGAAUUGCAAAAGCUCGCCAAUACAUUUAUGAGGUCAGAAAAAUCAAAGAAAACUUAGAAAACUAUGUUAAGGAAACAGAGUUUAAAGAACAUGAAAUAGAACAUGAUGAAAAAGUUGAUUUUUCAAACGAUGAAGAUGAAGAUAAUCAUUUAGAUAAAGAAGUUAUUCAAAGUAAAAAAAAUGAAUCCAAAAUAUCUCAUAUGGUAUCUGAUAAAAAGGUCACUACAAAUAUGGACAAAAGAUUUUCAGCUCUUCAAAGUACACCAAAUGAAAAAUAUAUUUUUCAUCAGCUGUAUAGUUGCUCACCGAGGGUUGUGGUUCGUGAUGAUGUCACACUUGAGGUUUUUGAAAGUGAUUCUGCAUGGGCUUUUUCACAAGAUGAUUCUCCUUUUACACAGAUACUAGAGGAAGAUCAUGAUUCUACUGUUUAUUCUAACAAUCAUUCUUCAAAAGAAGAUGUUCCACCAUUGGAUACUGAUAUGUUGGAAGACCAAGAUGAUCCAAACAAAUGCAGUCAAACUAAAGGCUUGAUUUCAAAUUAUGCAGUUGUAUCAGAUGCUGUCAGUUUGUUGCUCAGCAAGUUGAAAGAAGAGAAAAAGCAAUUUUCAUCUGAGGCAAAGAAAAUUCUUUUUCGAACUAAACUUGCUGAAGAGGAAAUAAUAUCAAACUGUGUUCGGGAAAAUAUUAGCCUUAAGAGGCAAGAAGAUGCUAUGUUUUACAUAUACAAAGUUAAAAAUGGUACCGCAAAAUGGAUAAAAGAUGUUCAACAUCAAAUCGAGAUUCAGGAUAAGGAGAGUUUACGUAUGUGGAGAAGGUCGUUUUCUGACAUCAUUAAAAACAACAAAGGUAUGGAUCUCCAAAGAUUUCUCGACACUUUGAAAAUGGCGACAGAAGCUGCUAAAAAAAGACACUCUAUUCCUACAGCUGCAAACGACAAUGUGGUUCCUAAUCUGAAAUCAGCUUCUAAGAUUGUUGCAGAUUUAUUGGCUGGAGAGGAGGCGUCGUUGAGUUUAAAACGAUCUGCUAUCAAAAAGUUGCAUAAUAGUGUCGCCAUUUUAAAAAAAAGAAUUCCAUGUGCGACCUAAAUUAGCCAAUUAUUUUUUAGCUGGCUAUUCGAGAUUGUUAGGUACACAAUUGUAUCGUGAUGACAAUUGUUUAAUACGAAUCAUCAUUUGUUUGAAAGAAAACUUAUAAGGAAACGAAAAUAUACGUUUCCGUUUGAAAGAAAACUCAAAAGAAAUAACUGUUUCAAAAGAAUGAAAGUUUAAUUUGUUUGAAAUCCUUAAACGUGUGAUAAAA